AAAAAAACAGAGCACUCAAAAACAGAGGAGACAUAUUAGAGAUCUCAUGGCGAUGGCUGUCUCCGGAGCUGUACUCAGUGGACUUGGUUCUUCCUUCCUCUCCGGAGGCAAGAGCAGUACCGCCGCCGCAUUAGGAAGCGGCGUAGUCUCUGGAGCUGCGAGAGUUGGUCGGAAAACUCUGAUCGUAGCUGCCGCCGCUGCUCAGCCCAAGAAAUCAUGGAUCCCCGCCGUUAAAGGAGGCGGCAACUUCUUAGAUCCUGAAUGGCUCGACGGCUCGCUACCCGGAGAUUUCGGGUUCGACCCACUGGGUCUCGGAAAAGACCCGGCUUUUCUAAAAUGGUACAGAGAAGCAGAGCUAAUCCACGGCCGUUGGGCAAUGGCAGCGGUUCUCGGUAUCUUCAUCGGACAAGCCUGGAGCGGCGUUCCCUGGUUCGAAGCCGGAGCCGAUCCACGUGCCAUCGCACCGUUCUCAUUCGGAUCACUACUCGGGACACAGCUCCUUCUCAUGGGUUGGGUUGAGAGCAAACGGUGGGUGGACUUCUUCAACCCGGAUUCUCAGUCUGUUGAGUGGGCCACACCGUGGUCGAGGACAGCAGAGAAUUUUGCUAACUAUACUGGUGAUCAGGGGUAUCCAGGUGGGAGAUUCUUUGAUCCGUUGGGUUUGGCUGGGAAGUCACGUGACGGUGUUUAUGAGCCGGAUAGGGAGAAGCUGGAGAGGUUGAAAGUGGCGGAGAUUAAGCAUUCUAGGCUUGCGAUGGUUGCUAUGUUGAUCUUUUAUUUUGAGGCUGGUCAGGGGAAAACGCCUCUUGGUGCUCUUGGUUUGUGAGCAUGUAUGUUUUAGUAUGUUAGAUAAACUUGUGUUCUCUUCUUAGUCAAUGUGACAUGUCGAGAAAGAUCAUAAUAUUGCUUUAAAAUGUCAUCAAUUCAUGAGUUUAGGUUGAGAAAAAUGUAAAAUUAUAACAUGAAAAGGCUUAUACACAACUAACUUUAUCGUCACAAUCCAAAUGUGAAAAGAAAUGCCUGAGAAAUGUGAAAUUCC